GCAAAGUGAUGGCUGGGCACGUGGCACAUGUUGUGUACAAGGGUCCAAGUGUGGUGAAGGAAAUUAUCAUUGGGAUUAGCCUCGGGCUUGUUGCGGGAGGCUUCUGGAAAAUGCACCACUGGAACACUUAGAGGAGAACAAAGGAGUUCUAUGACAGCUUGAGAAGGACAAAUUUCUGCAAAUUUUUCCUAUUUCUCUCCCUCUCUUUUAUUGAAAUGGCAGGCGGCCAAAGAAAGAGAUCGCGCACCGGGAAGAACGUCGCUUCCUCCUCGGCUCCUCCACCGCCACCGGCACACAAGUACCCCGAUGGGUCGUUCCUAUGGUUCAACGACCGCGUAGAGGCGACUCGUUUUGCCAAGAAGUUUGAGCACUGGGAAAUUCUUCCUCCCCGGUUUUCCACCACCUGUUUCAUCCAUGGGUCCAUUCCACAAGAGGCACGGGUUAUCCUCGAACGUGGAAACGUCCUUGACCUCCUCUACAUCAAAAAGGGUCACUAUCAACCCUUUCUCGUUCGAGCAUUCUACUCGAAAUUGAUAAAGGAUGAGGACGGCGCAUUGAUCUCAAACGUCCACGGGAAGGAGAUAUAUUUGAAUGAGGAUAACAUUAAAAUACUCACCGGGCUUCGCCGGCAAGGAGAGGAUCUCGGCCUCUACGUCGGAGAAGGAGGGGCACGGUUCAAUGAGACCGCCCUCUUGGAGGAAGUGGGAAUCCGAAACUUCGUCCCCACUCCCCAAUUGCGCCGUCCCACGAUUACUUCCAUGAGUCCCGUGUUUCGAUUCAUAUUCUAUGUAUUGACACGGCUUCUCAAAACACGGAUGUUCAAUCACACCGCUCUCUCCCAAGAGGACACAAAGACGCUCCAUGCGAUGAUUCACAACGCCAACAUUAAUAAUUGGUGUAAAUUUGUGAUGACUCACAUGUGUAGCACUACCUUUGACAACCGGCCACUUCCCUACGCCCUUCAGGUCAUGGCGAUACUUGAGGAAUUCCACGUCAAGACCGACGUUGGGCCGAAGCAAAAAGGGACGAAGCAUUGGGAGAUUGAUGAAUCUUCCUUCCACCCGAGAACCGAUGAAUCUCCGUUCCCGCAGCCUCGUCCAUGCCGCCAACCAAGGGCAACCGCUUCAAACAACCCAUCUCUAGCCGCGCAAAUGGCCGCCUUGACCGCCACCCUUUCCCGGAUUGACACCAACGUCUCCGAAACAGCCCAAAACUUCAACAUCUUGAGCCGUGAGCUUCACGGGUAUUUUGACUUUGUCAACUACCCUUACGCUCAAAUGGUCCCCUACGUUCCUCCUCCAAACUUCGGGGGUGAACCAAGGGGGACAAAUGACAUUGGUGGUUUUGAUAAUUGCCAAACCGCCGUGGAUAUGAAGAGUUUUCGUUGAACAACUCAAGAUAAUGUUAUUUAUGUUUAACAAUGUUGAUGGAUUAAUAAACUUCAAAGUUUGUU